CGAAUAGUGGAGAAAAGAUACGAGUACGUGGAACUUUCACAGCUGAACUAGGCGGCGAGAGAAUAACUAUGUUCAGCUAAGCCUGUGUAUAGAGUAACCCACUUUAAUGCUACGAAUCUCCAUUUGAAGUUCAAUCAAAAAGGAACGGAAAAAAAUUCACGUUCAUGUGAGACUGACAAAUUAAGGUUGAAGCGGAAACAAGAUAAAGCAACAACAAUACCAAUACAAAAGAUUGCUCGAAACAACGAAAGAUUGGACAUAAACAGCUGAAGCAAAGUGCAGCAAACAAGCCUUAUAAGCGCAGCAAUACUAGUUAAGUUGGCAGCUGGAACAACAGAAGAAAUCAUUCAUCACUAAAGGAAUGGCACCAACACGCCGACCUAGCGAUGGUUUGCUGGCCAGAGUUAAUUUUCCACUUUACGCCAUUGAAAUGCUCACCAGUAGACAUGUGCUGGUCGCAGGAGGUGGUGGUUCAGCUAAAACAGGCGUAGCAAACGGUUUUGAAAUCUACGAAAUCUAUCAUAAUGGCACACACUUUUGUGCUGAGGAGGUAGUGCGGCAUGAAACCGGUGCCAAUGUAGUCAUGAAUUUUGCCGUGCGCAACGAUGGGCGACGCUCAUAUUUGUGUGCGGGUCAAGAAUCACAUUGUCAAUUAUAUUUUGUUAAUCCACGGAUUGUAUAUGAGGGACAAGAGGAUGCGUCAACGGGAGCAGAGGAAAAACGAUCAAAGGGCAAUGGUGCAACAGAUCAUGGAAACGAAAAUGGUUUACACAGGCGUGCGGCCGCAGCAGGUCCACAAGGAUCCGGUGUUCAAGAUUUACCGAAUGGACAUGCUAUGGGUGCUGCCAAGAAGACUAGUGAUCUGAACGCCAACUUGAAGCGCAUAAAAUUUGACAUCAAGGCUGGGGAUUCAGUGCAAACAGAUUUUCUGACAACCGAACCCUUGCAGCGAGUUGUGCGCAUCAGCCCCAAUGGGCGAUUGAUGGCCACCGGUGGCACAGAUGGCCAUUUGAGGGUGUGGUCAUUUCCACAAAUGGUGCAGUAUAACGAUGUGAGCGCACACUCUAAGGAAAUCGACGAUUUGGAUUUCAGUCCGGACUCCAAAUAUGUAGUUACCAUUUCGAAAGAUGGUCAAGGCUUAGUGUGGGAUCUAGCGAGUAUGAAACAACAUCACCAACUGAAAUGGGCUACACCUGAGGGAUCGAAAUACCUGUAUAAACGUUGCCGUUAUGGAACUAUUGAAGCGCAACGCGAUAAAUAUCGUCUCUUCUCUAUUACUAAUCCGCUGGGUAAGGUAGGUAAACAACGUGGUUUCCUACAACAGUGGGACUGCAUAAGCGGGCAGUUACGCAGCGCGGUGCAAAUUGAUGAGAGCUUAGCCUCGUUGGCUGUGCGCGAUGAUGGUCGUUUCGUGGCGGUGGGCACUAUGUUCACUGGCAGUGUUUCUAUCUACAUUGCCUUCAGUUUACAGCGCGUUCUCCACAUUCCCAAUGCGCAUUCGAUGUUCGUAACCGGUUUACAAUUCUUACCCAUCACAAACGAGGAGGGACCACCAAUUUCAAGUGAUACUGAAGCGGCGGUCCUUUCAAUAUCCGUAGACAAUAAAGUGUGCAUACACAGUCUGCAGCAACGACGAACCAUACCCGCUUGGGUGGCAAUAAUACUCAUCAUUGUCGUGCUGUUUGGCGCCUUUGCCUUUUGUUCAUAUGUAGGCAUUUAAAAAUACAUACAGAUUUGUGGCAUUUAAUUAAGUGGAAUGAAAAGCAGUAGGAUGACAUGAAAUUUAGCAACACGUCAACUAACUGAACAAUAUGUAGGAACAUAUACACCUGCGUUCAACUAUCUAGAAACGAAAUUCUAAAAGAUAUUGGUUGCCAAUUAUGUUUAUUUUUUUAUUUUUAAUAAUUUUCAUUUAAAAUAUACACAGUUUAAUCUGUAACAGAAACCACAAUA